GUGCCGGUGUUUUUCCACUCAGCAGGAUGGGUGAUGCUCAAAGCUCCCUCAUUAGACAACAGACACGAGAGGUCAGGAAGAAAGCGCUUAUAAAUUACCGUUUCCUCCUGCUCGGCGCUGCUAGUCGCGCCGCACCGCUCCGCCGGACGCGCCGCAGGGGCGCAGCGGCGCGCAGGCACCGCGGCCAGCGGACACAGGAAAAGAAAAUACAUUCAGCAGAGAUUCUUCUUCAUUGCCUCAUCCUAUGGAGGAAUCACCACUGCCCAUCUACAUUGAGGAGGGGACAGAAGUCCCGAUUGCCAAAAAGGAGUUGAUUGCUCUUGGCAUCAGUCAUAUCUGGACCCAGAAGACCACAGAAAGCAGAAAUAUGGCGACAAAGGAGAAGCUUCAGUGCUUGAAAGAUUUCCACAAGGACAUCCUCAAACCUUCCCCUGGCAAGAGCCCGGGGACACGGCCUGAGGAUGAGGCGGAGGGGAAGCCGCCGCAGCGGGAGAAGUGGGCGAGCAAGAUCGACUUCCUGCUGUCCGUGGCGGGAGGGUUCAUCGGCCUGGGCAACGUCUGGCGCUUCCCGUAUCUCUGCUACAAGAACGGCGGAGGUGCAUUUCUUAUACCUUAUUUCAUUUUCCUGUUUGGGGGAGGUCUUCCUGUGUUUUUCCUGGAGGUGGUGCUAGGACAGUAUACCUCCGAAGGUGGAAUUACAUGCUGGGAAAAGAUCUGCCCUAUUUUCACUGGAAUUGGUUAUGCUUCCAUAGUGAUUGUGUCCCUUCUGAACGUGUACUACAUCGUGAUCCUGGCCUGGGGACUCUACUACCUGUUCCAGUCGUUCCAGAGCGUGCUGCCCUGGGCACACUGCCACCAGAAGUGGAACACGCCCACCUGCGUGGAAGACACUCUCAGGAAGAACAAAACGCUUUGGAUAUCGCUCAAUGCCACGAACUUCACCUCUCCUGUCACAGAGUUUUGGGAGCGCAAUGUGCUGAGCUUGUCCUCGGGAAUUGAAGAUAUUGGUAUCAUCAAGUGGGAUCUAGCACUGUGUCUCCUCCUUGUCUGGGUGAUAUGUUUCUUCUGCAUUUGGAAAGGAGUCAAAUCCACUGGGAAGGUAGUGUACAUCACUGCCACAUUCCCAUUCAUCAUGCUCCUUGUUCUGCUCAUCCGUGGCGUGACCCUGCCUGGGGCUGCAGAAGGCAUCAAGUUUUAUCUUUACCCUGAUAUCUCACGGUUAGCUGACCCACAGGUCUGGAUAGAUGCAGGGACACAAAUCUUCUUCUCAUAUGCAAUCUGCUUAGGAGCAAUGACUUCCCUGGGGAGCUACAACAAGUACAAAUACAACUGCUAUAGGGACUGUUUGCUGCUGGGAUGCCUGAACAGUGGUACCAGUUUUGUGUCUGGCUUCGCAAUUUUUUCCGUCCUGGGCUUCAUGGCACAAGAGCAAGGGGUGAACAUUGCUGAUGUGGCAGAGUCAGGUCCAGGCCUGGCCUUCAUUGCCUACCCAAAAGCUGUGUCCAUGAUGCCACUGCCCACCUUUUGGGCAAUCCUUUUUUUUAUUAUGCUUCUGUUGCUUGGACUGGAUAGCCAGUUUGUUGAAGUUGAAGGACAGAUCACGUCAUUAGUUGAUCUGCACCCAUCCUUCCUAAGGAAGGGUUACCGACGGGAAAUCUUCAUCGCUAUAGUGUGUUUCCUUAGCUAUCUUCUGGGACUAACUAUGGUGACUGAGGGUGGCAUGUAUGUUUUUCAACUCUUUGACUACUAUGCAGCUAGUGGUGUAUGCCUUUUGUGGGUUGCAUUCUUUGAAUGUAUUGCUGUAGCCUGGGUUUAUGGCGCUGAUAAUAUUUAUGAUGCCAUUGAGGAUAUGAUUGGAUACAGACCUGGUCCCUGGAUGAAAUGGAGCUGGAUUGUGAUCACACCAGUUCUCUGUGUGGGGUGCUUUAUCUUUUCUUUGGCCAAGUAUAAACCACUGACCUACAACAAGGUCUACACAUACCCAGACUGGGCAAUUGGCCUGGGCUGGGUUCUUGCCCUUUCCUCCAUGAUCUGCAUCCCUAUGGUGAUGGUCAUCCGCAUCAUUCAGUCAGAUGGGUCACUCAUUGAGAGGAUAAAGGCAGUGGCUGCCCCCAAGGAAGUGAAUCGAUGGUCCAAAGAAACAGAGAGUGGCACCCCCUUCUGCCCCAAUGGAACUUCGAAUGGCGGAUUGAUCAAGCCCACUCAUAUCAUAGUGGAAACCAUGAUGUGAGCUCUCUCUGUGAGAGGAUAAACCUGCUUUAACUGCCGUUUACUAACCAUAGAUUCUCAUAGGACCAGGUUUACAGAGCUUUAUAUUUGCACUAGGAUUUAUUUUUAUUUCUCACAGAGAAAGUUAUUUUUUGUGUGUGUGUUUUUUUUUUAAUAUUUUGUAAGGUAAUCACAGCAGACGUCUCUCUGUAGAGGGAGAGCUUUCAUAUCAGACUAGACAUAUUACAAGAAUUUACUAUUAUUGGGUUUUUUAAAAUAUAUAUAUCUUUAUCUCUAAAUAUUAUACACCUUACCACUUGAAUUGAUUGUCUUGCCAGCAAUACAUUCAAGUCUCAGAAAGCAAUUUUAGGUGCUGGUAUGGUUGGGAGCAGGGUAACCUAAAGAACACACAAAAGGAGCUCUGUUGAGAGAUACAUUUUUUUUAAAAAUGCUGUUUCAAGAGAAUUUUCAAAGGUGUAGUAUUUCCACCCUCUGGUUCAGCUGUGGUAAACGACAGGAGUCAGGGUCACUUUAGGGAGUGGGUACAGUUCUGUUUAGUGCAGUCCCUGGAUAAGGACAGAGCCAAAGGAGAGUUUGCAGGGGAUGCAGAGAAGCUGGGUGUGAACAGUCUUGUGGCUGUCCCUCCCAGGGACAGCACUGGGACCUGUCACACCAACUGAGGAGAGCAUGAGGAAGGCAUUUGCAGGAUUUGGCAUGGUUCAGUCUUUUUUUGUCAUAGUUUUUAAAUUUUUGAGGUUUUUUGGAUUUUUUUUUUUUUUUACUUAAGUGAAAUGCCUGCUGUUUGUGUGUGAGCAGGGAGGCUGAGAACCUGCUCCUGAGUUUUCCAGUAAACCAUAUUUUGGUGUAAACUUGAAUUCUGCAAACUGGGAGGGCAGCCUGUCCCCAGGGCAGCAGGGAGGAGCACAGAGCAGCCAAGAGGGCAAAAGCAGCACCUGCUCUGUGGGUGCUUCAGGUGUUCACUUCCUCAUUUGGACUCUGGUUUGGGCAGGAAAAUAAAGGAAUCACUUCUGGACUCCAUCCAGAGGUGAACACAAACCAGGUCAUCCCUGACAGGAGGAACAAAACCACUCACCUGGUGUAACUGGUAUUGAUAACAGACACGUUGUUAAUAAUAAUAGUAAUGAUGAUAAUAAUAUCACACAGCAAACAGGUGCUUUUCAGCCAUGUAUCUCAAAAAUGCUUUUCCAAGGUUAGUAUCCAGGAUUUGCUUUAUUUAUUUAUUUGGGGGCGGGAGGUCAUUGCUGUUGGAGGAACAGACAAAAGGACUAAGUGAGUCCCUUGUCCCAUGUUACUAAAUAGCAGUAGUGGACCUAGAGUCCCCAGUCUCCUUGCUCAUCAUUGGUUUAAACCAUAAUUUUAUUUUAUUUUACUUUAUUCUAUUUUAUUUUAUUUUAUUUUAUUCUUAGGGUGGCUGGAGGGUGGCAAACAUAUUUAUGAAUCUUGUCUGCUGAAGAAACAGGGCUCUUUGGAAUUAAAAUUAAAGCAAAGGGAACGUGUUACACUGAAAUAUUUUGUGUUGGUCAGAAGGAGUUGGGUACCAUUCCAGGUGAGACUGGGAAGUGAAGAGAAACCACUACAAGGAUUAUAGGAGUGGGGGUUCCACUUCAUGUAGUGCAGGUGAAUGUGGGGAAUUGGAUCCCUGAAAACUGUCUAAAACAUGGACAAAGGAUUUUUUUUUUUUUUUUUUUUUUUUUUUUUAACGAGCAGGUUGUGCUGGGAACAGGUGCUCUGGCUAAACUCAGCCUUGUCUUGUGGGCAUUGUAUUAGAGGGAGAGAGUUUUUUUCUUAUGAUACCACAGGUAAUCUAUCCAAAGGCAUUUAGAAGAAAUGCUUGAUAAAAGCAGAGUUUGUAUCUGCUUAUUCUGCUGUCAGCUUGGUCUGUCAGGCAAAGGUUAUCAUUUAACCAGGAACAUAAACAGUUCUUAACAUUCCUACACAGUAGCUUUAUUUCAUUUUUUCUUGUCCCAUGUGCUAACUGGCCACAGCAGCACAAGCAUUUCUUAACUUGUUGGUUUCCCUGUAACAGAAAUGGGGAGAUUUAAAACUAAGAGAUGGACCAAAAUAAUUAUUAAUUAUUAAUUAUUAAUGAAAAACCGCUGCAUCUAUAACUACCAAAUCUUUCUAGUUUGAAUUUGUAGAUAGUUUUACAUCAGAGAGCUGAGUUGCAGCAACAAAACCAGCCAUGGAGGAAUUGUGUUUUCCUUUUUCUGGUUGCUGUGUUAUGAGAGUUCUGAAGGAAACUUUUGCAGCUGGAGAUGGCAAACAUCUAAAUGGCACCUGCUGGGCCAGCAGCAGAAACAUCCAAGGUCACAGGAGGAAUUCUGAGAGCAGUGGGUGUCAUCAGAUGUGCCCAAAACAAAGAAAUACAGCAGUUUUAUUUUUUUAACAAUCAAAGGCAAGGAAAUGUAACCAAAGAUAACUCUCUUGGUGGGCUUCAGCUUGGACUCUCAUUUUUGAGUUACAGUCAGUGUCUGCAAUAAACAGACAGGGGUGAAGAGAAAGUAGAAGGUUAGGGGGAUCUAAAUUAAUGAUUUUAUGAGUGCAGAUGAAACACUGAUGCUCGAUUUAUUUCUUUUUUUAUAUACAUUUAUUGUCAUACAACUGUGUUUGAGAUUAUAUAUUUGCACAUGACUUUUGUGCUAUAGAGAUGAGACAAGCUUUAGUUAGGGGAAAAAAAUGGUUUGGCUACAUCAAAGAUGUCUCCAGCAAAUCAGCUGGGGGUUGAGGCAUCUCCCAGGUUGUGGAGAGUGUCUUAGUGGGAAGAACCAGAGGGAUAAUACUACACCUUUCAAAAUACACCUACCAGAGAAUAGAACCCAGCCCCAUUUCAGUACAAACUGUGCCAUUCAAAUCAGUCGCUUCCAUGUUCACAUGAAAAGCUCUCAGACAUAUGCAACAACCUCACUGAAAAUUCUGUGCCAGCUUCCCUGGCCCUGCUGUGCUCUUCAGCACGACUGCAGGGAGGGCUGGGACUCACCAAGAGCCAAGAAAUCAUUGUCUCUGGAAAACAGUUUCCCUCUCCCCUCCUCCUUGCCCUGACAAAAAAAAAAAAAAUGUACUUAAUUCUUCUUGUUUUAUCUGGGGUUUGAGUUCCAGUGAGCACAUUUGCAUUUUUACAGUUUGGGGUUUUUACCUAACGAUUUUAUCAGAUUUCUAAACUUUUCUUGGUGAUAAAUUUGCAUUUCAACAUGAUCCUCUGCCAAAUUUAUUAAAAAAUAAUUUUUAAAAAAUGUUUGUGUUUUCUACCUAUUUUGACUGCAAAGACAACUGAUUUUUUUCCUAUAUUUACUUGUUUAAACUCUCAUGACCUAUUUUACCUGUUUUGUGUAAAUGAGGAACUCUUUGUUAAAGCAUCAUGACUAGUUAUAGAUGAACUGGUUUGGAUCUGGGGAAAAUAGUGUAGUUUUGGCAUGAGAUCUUUAGAACCAGAUCCCUGAGAUUUAAGCCAGCAUAAACCAAGAUAAAACGCACACCUUUUCAUGUUCCAUGUACCUUUGUAUUCAUGGGGUCUUCUGGGCUUGAAAACAGCAGAGUUUCAGCAGUAUUUAUUUCCAGCUGAACUGAAAUCAAGAGAUAGUAGAAAUUUAAAGGGGAACAUUUCCCCACAAGAUUUUUCUGACCUGUUUCUUAUUUUUCUCAAUUUUCCAAACCUUUUCAGUUUACCUGUCACUAGUGAUGAUCUCUCUGAAUGAGCAUCUGUUCUAAGGGACUUUACCAGUAGUCUGUAUCUUAGUGUUCAAACAGUAUGAUUUCAUAAAUUGAACUGGUUUUUAUUGUUGUUGUUGUUAUUAUUCUAUUUUUCCUUCUCAUCUAUAGCUUUCCUUUUCAUCUGGUCCAAAUAGAUCCACACACUUAGAAAAGUCCUCUUUCAAGUUUGAGAUAUUAGGUCCACAAUGGAUUUGUUCCUGUGUUGUAAAUGAAAAUACAAAAGCCUGGCAGCUGUAUUUGCCACCUAGAGCAGUGCAAAAUUAGGGGUGGAGGGGAGUUAGGUAUCUGCUGAAACAGCUCAGCAAAACUGAUUUUCACUGCUGCUCUUGGGGAGAGAAGGAAAUGAGAAAAAGUAGGAUAAUGCAUCCUUACAGUUGCUGUAACACCAGAAAAACCCCAACAACAUCAGCAGAGUUUUUAUUGUCGCUCCAGGACACCACCUCCUGCAGCUGUCCCAGUCCUGUGUUCAUCCUUUCCCAACUGCAGAUGCUCCUUGUUCCUCUUCUUUGUCUCAGUGUUAGAUAACUCAAGUAGAUCUGAAGACACAUGGACAUCUCCAUUCAAUAGAUCUUUUCCAAGUCUCCUCCUGGUCUGUUUUUUUUUUUUUUUUUUGUUGCUAAGGAGACUUUCAGUUUUCUUGAGGUUGUGCUUGUCGCACUUGGGUUCAAAGCUCCCACUUGUUGCAUCACUGGCCAACUUCCAGCUGUGGGAGAAGGAUUUGAACACUUUUGAAUAAAUGAUUAUUAGCUUCCAUGUCUGGUGGUCCCUGCAGGAUCACUCAUGGAGGCAUAAUGUAUAUAAAAUGUUAAAUAAGCUGUGCAUUGAAUGCAGUGGACAAGUUAGCUAAGCAGCUCAAGUACACUUGGAAGAAAGAUGACCCUGACAUCAUUUCCAAGGAGAUUCAAUGGAAGUUGCUCACUUUCAGUAAAAAGAAUAAAAAUAAAUCUGUGUUUAAGUAGACUAGUAGAUGAAAUCUUCCACCCUCAUAUGCACGCACACAGUGGGGACAUUGCUUCUAUUCCUAGGCUGCAAAACAUGUGUGUAAAUCUUGCCAAGCUGUUCAGGAUGAGGAUUGAGGAGGUUCAGGCACCACUUGCCUGCAAAGAGCCAACCUGCCAGGGUGUCCAAAUGGUCUUUCCUAAAAGGGGGUGGUGGAAGAGGGAAAGUAAUAACGAAAUCCUGGACCAUGGCCCCUCCAAAGAAGCCUUAAGGUUUGAUUUGUAAACUCUCCUGGCUCCUUGUAGGCACCACAUGGCUCCUGGCACAGGAGGUUGGGUGUGGUGUGGGUUCAGGCAGCUGCCCUGGACUUGUUUUCUCCAAAAUCAGCAUCCAAAGCCUUGUGGUUAGGAUUGACGUGUAGUUGUGUAUUUGUAUAUUUGCAUGAGCAAAGGUCAGGAACUGUCAGACCCUGGUAGCUUGUUUUAUUUCUUAUAAUCAAAGAUAAGCUUAAGAAACCAAGUAUUUAGUUGAUUUGGUGACACUUAACAUUUAGGAAGCCCUUGAACUUGUGAAAAAGAGAUGCCCUGAGCUCCAUAUUUCAGUCAUAAAAAAUUUCUUAUGGUGUUAGAAGUCAAUUUGAGUCUAUGGGAAAGAUUGCUCAAGAGAGACUUGAAUAUAACCAGCACCAGCACCCACUGGAAAACUGCCCAACUCAGCCCCACACCCUCCACCAGACUGUGGCUCUUUUCUGCCAGCCCAAAAAUACUGAGUACAUGGACAAUGCUUCUCUGAAAAAAAAAAAUAAAUAAAAUACCAAUUUGUUUGUUUCUAUUAAAAAAUAAACAGAAAAAGUCACAUUCUUCGUGUGGUUUUUUUCCAGUUGUCAUUGGGAAUUGGUGAUUUCAAUUUACCCAUGUCCUAAAACAAGAGCAGAAAUGGCUUGAGACAUCAUUUUACCAAAAAUAGGGACAAGCUCAAAACUUUGCAGGUUGAAAACUUUAAGAAAACAAAUCACCCAUCCAUCCCCAUCAAAGAUGGAAAACUUUGGUGACAGGGUUUGUGCCUGGAAAAGAGCCUGACCCUGCUGGAAAUGUUGGGCAAUUGAAUGGCAGACACAGCCUUUUUGUAUUGCUCCUGUGUCCUCAUUUGAAAUAAUCAGUAAAAGUGUCAGAAUUUAAUUACCAUGAGCUUUAGGAGUAAAUUGAAGAUAAUUUUAAAGGGGCAAGUUUAGGAGGCUUGUUCCCUGUGGCCCUGCAGUGCACAGCAGGAUGGUGCUGCUCACUUUCACAUUUGCAGCACAGGGAAAAUGAGGCCUGACUUGAGAAAUCAGAAGAAAUAAUGGGAAAAAUAAAGCUAUUAAAAAAAUAAAAAAGAACUCGAUGAUGCUAUGCUAAGGAGCUGUGCACGUGCUGUGUGUGUGUGCAUUUGUGGGGGAAGGCUUCAGCCCUGUAGCACAGUGAGCACAAUACACACUGUUCCUAAAUGUACCUGCUUCUGCAGCUGAGAUAUUAGAAAGAGUUGAAUUGUUUUUUCAAUAUAUAAAGAAAAAAAAAAAAAAAGGAAAAAAAAAUAAAACAAAACAGUGGCAAAAUUAUGUUGAGAGGCUGAUUUAAAAAAACAAAACCUGAGGGGGCAAGUUGAGUUAGUUCAUGACCUGCUCCUGUCCUGGAAGCCAGCGCUGGUCUCUCAGCAUUGCAGCAUCCCAGUACUGUUCUGAAGUGCUCGUUGUUCAAUAGGAUGUUAUUAUUUCUCCAGUGUAAUGUUGUGAUUGUUACCUGAUAAUGUUGCCAGGGACUUCACAUUGUGAGAGGUGGUCCAUCUUGUUUGAUGUAUUUGGCUAAAAAAGCAGUGGUGUUUUUUUUAAUUAUUUAAAUUCCUAGCAACUGUGACUACAGUAAUGUGAUAAUGAGUAGCACAUGCAGCGAGGAGGCGAGGGCGAUGAGAGCCUCCUUGAAAAUGUCAUCUGAACUUUUUUUAAAGAAAAAAAAAUGUAAAAAUAUUUUUAAAACAUUUUAAAACAUUUUUUGUGUGUUCCAAAACGGAAUAUUUGUAUUUGAAAAAAAAUCCUGGAGUGUAAUUUAAAACCCCCUAGCCUUUGUGUAUAUGGUAAAUGUUUGUAUUUUGCAGUUUCUGUUUUGCUUUUUAGAUAAAUAAAAUGUAUAUGGAUAUUUUUAAGUCAUCUUUGCUUUUUUAGAUGAGUUUGUAAUCACCUUAUAACUGAAAAUAAAACUUUCCUUUAUAAACCA